AUGGGAGGGGAUGUGGCAAGCACAGGGGAGGACCAAGAGCAACAGCAGGAAGAUCACAGAGCUAAGAGGUCUCACCACUGCCCACAUUGUGAGGAGAUUUUUCCAGUUAUAUCAAAGCUAAAAAAACACCAAAAAAUACAUACAGGAGAGACUCUGUAUUCCUGCACUGACUGUGGGAAGAGAUUCACAACACCAGCUCCGCUAAAAGUUCAUCAGAGAACACACAAAGGAGAGAAGCCUUACUCCUGCUCUGACUGUGGAAAGAGUUUCUCUCAACUGCGUCACCUAAAACAACAUGAACGUAUACACACAGGAGAGAAGCCUUACUCCUGCUCUGACUGUGGGGCGAAUUUCUCUCAACUGGGCCACUUAAAACGUCAUCAAGGUAUACAUAAAGGAGAGAAGCCUUACUCCUGCUCUGACUGUAGAAAGAGUUUCUCCCUCUCGAGCUACCUAAAACAACAUGAACGUAUACACAGAGGAGAGAAGCCUUACUUUUGCUCUGACUGUGGAAAAUGCUUCAUAACAUCAAUUGUUCUAAAAGUUCACCGGAGAACACACACUGGAGAAAGGCCUUACUUCUGCUCUGACUGUGGAAAAGGCUUCACAACAUCAUUUGAGCUAAAAGUUCACCAGAGAACACACACAGGAGAGAAGCCUUACUCUUGCUCUGACUGUGGAAAAGGCUUCACAACAUCAUCUGAGCUAAAAGUUCAUCAGAGAACACACACAGGAGAGAAGCCUUACUCCUGCUCUGACUGUGGAAAAUGCUUCACAGCAUCAGGUCAGCUAAAAGUUCAUCAGAGAACACACACAGGAGAGAAGCCUUACUCCUGCUCUGACUGUGGAAAGAGUUUCUCUCAACUGCAUCACCUAAAACAACAUGAACGUAUACACACAGGAGAGAAGCCUUACUCCUGCUCUGACUGUGGGGCGAAUUUCUCUCAACUGGUCCACUUAAAAAGUCACCAAGCUAUACAUAAAGGAGAGAAGCCUUACUCCUGCUCUGACUGUAGGAAGAGCUUCUCUCAACUGGGCUACUUAAAACGUCACCAAGGUAUACAUAAAGGAGAGAAGCCUUACUCCUGCUCUGACUGUAGAAAGAGUUUCUCCCUCUCGAGCUACCUAAAACAACAUGAACGCAUACACAGAGGAGAGAAGCCUUACUUUUGCUCUGACUGUGGAAAGAGUUUCUCUCAAUCGAGCCACCUAAAACAACAUGAACGUAUACACACAGGAGAGAAGCCUUACUCCUGCUCUGACUGUGGAAAAUGCUUCACACAAUCAUCUGAGCUAAAAGUUCACCAGAGAACACACACAGGAGAGAAGCCUUACUUCUGCUCUGACUGUGGGGCGAGUUUCUCUCAAUCGGGCCACCUAAAACAACAUGAACGUAUACAUACAGGAGAGAAGCCUUACUCUUGCUCUGACUGUAGGAAGAGUUUCUCUCAAAUGGGCCAGUUAAAAAGACACCAAGGUAUACAUAAUGGACAGUAGCCUUACUCCUGCUCUGACUGUGGAAAAUGUUUUAAAUCAUCAACUGAGCUAAACGGUCAUCGGUCAUUCGUUACCUCUUUCAUGCCCUGCCUCCAGUCCACUUACCGAUAUCUGAACAAGAGAGCCUCAUCAAA